AUGACCACCACGGAUCCAUGCGCUAAACCAGCUCUCAAGAUCAACAUCGAUCUCGCUGCGCCAGCAGAAUCUCACCUCCAGCCCCCAGCGCAGGAAAGACGUCUGUCCGCCGAGAUUCUAAGCCUAAUAGAAGAAGCCUUCCCAGAACCAACCUUUGCGAGCGAAACUCCCUCCACAUUCAUCGAACAGAAUGUCGAUCCACCAGGAUACAACAACACAGACGACCCACCCCAAUACUCCACUGAAUCCCAUGGCACACUUCUCGACCGCCUCUCAGCACCACAAAUGUCCGCCGCCUUCUCCAUUUGCGUUUCAUUCAAGCGAAUCACAAUGGAGCCCCCUUUACCCGAAUCCCCGAUUGAAGUCUUGUCCGACCUCAUGCUCGUUUCUCCAGCGAUGUCUUUUGACGUGUUCUUGCAACAGAUACAAGCGAAGACGAGAGGACAUAUCUUGGCUUCGAAGCGGAGUCUGCCUGGGGAGUGUGUGGUUCAUGCCUUCUACGUUGUGUUUAGGGAGCGAAGUCAUGGGCUUCUCAUCAAACGGGAGAAGAAGUUCAAGCUCAUGAUCAAGCCAAGUAAUUGGGCAGCUGUUAUUGCGAGUUUGAGAGAUGGUAAGGCUGGCAAGAUUCAGGUCAAGUUUUGGACGGAGACGCCAGGGUCAGUGGCAGAACAGACAAGGCGUGCAAGGAUGGAGACAAACGUAGCCAGGAACAUGUCGCGCACUCUAUGGACAAUGGCGUGA